CGUCGCUGCGGUAUAUCCUGCCACCGCGACGACGAUGGAGGUCGAGGAAGAGAGCGCGGAGGGCGUGGUCCCGCAGAUGGACGAACGAAAACUCGAUCCCAAGUUUGAAGCGGAGCAGGCGCUGCUGACGGCGCUGAAAAAGCCGCGUGACUUUCACAAGAAAGACGCGAAAAGCGGCGCGAUCAAAUUGCUCAACAUUGCGGCGUCGGACAUGGUGUCGUAUCGCCAGCGCCACGUCGCGGCGACAGAAGGGACGGCAGACUUUGCCGCGGUCACCGAAGUACGCGAGCUGCACCACCAAAAGCUCUCGACGCAGCCAACGACCACAGCGCACCACGAUCAAGGCGACCCGACAGGAAAAGUCGACAAGAUUGCUGCCAACGCGAUGCGCCGGCGGGACCGCCACACUGCUGCGCAGGCCCAGUACCAAGCCCGCCUCAAAGCGAUCAGUGAGCAGCUCGAGACGGACAUCUUGCGCAUUAGCGAUGCCAUCAAAGAAGAGCUGGCCACCGUCGCCGCUGCGAACGACAACCACUUUGCUCUCCUCACGAACGAGCCUUGGCUCAUCCACGCGUCGCACGCCAUGGUGGUCGAGCAGUGGGCGCACUUGGAAGGGCUGUGGAGUGGACGCACUCGAACGAUUCGGCAAUUUGGUGAUGGCCUCGAAGCCAUUGAGCAGACGCGAUCGGCCCUGGCCGGCGUAGAACUCCAGCUGCUCACAGAGACUUGCGUCGCCGCGGCGUACGUGCUCCCGCCCGAAGUCGAGCGCGCGAUCGAAGUCGAAGCGCAUGAGCUGAACGUGGUGCUGAUCUCGAAUCGACGGAGCCACUGCCACCUGGUCAGCCGCAUGCUGAAGGAAGACGCGCAAAAGUUCGUUCAUGUCCGAAUCAUGUGGGAAAAGUGUGAGCGGCACUGGCGCGUGCUCAACCACGAUCACGCGAUCCAACAUUUCAAAAUCACGCUCGAGUCUCCGCUGUACACGCAUCCGCCCCGCCUGCAUGAGAUUCUCGCCAACUUGCGCGCCGACCAACUGUCGGUGCACACGAACGAGCGGCUCGCACUGCUCGGUCAACUCGACGGCCUCGUUGGUGGGGGAUUGUCGACGCAAAGAGUCCAUCGGAUCGUGUUGGCUCUGGCAGACUUGUACAAGAAGGAGGAAGAGCGCAAUGCAGAGUACUUUAACCAGCUCUUUACGUGCCAGCGCGACAUUGUAGCCGAAGCGGCGGCGCUACGAGAGCAGCUUCGUGCAACGUGCCAUCGCGUAGGGGCCAAGGCCAAGGAAGGAGACCUGGCAACCAUCGCAACGCAGCUCACUGCGCUCUUGGCCGACAAAAGUUUGGACGAAUUCUUUCGACUGUCGGGUGGGCUGCGGGCCGAAUUGGCAGCGAUCGAGGACCGCCUGGCGUCACCCGAUAUGAUUUACCAGGAGAACGUGGCGGCCCUCAUGCCGCGGGUGGCCAUGCUCGUCGCCGCCUUGCCCCUCGAGUCGAUUCUUGAUGCCCAAGGCAAGUCCUCCGAGCGAAAAGCCAUCCAAGCAACACUCGAGCGUCUGCGGAAGGCCCCAAAGAACGAAAUCGUCCCGCUGUUGCCGAUUCUCUUGGCGCAAACGACCACGCUGGCAGGGAUCCAAGGCAUCGACGACACGCUGCGGCAUGACCUGGACGACAUCGCCGGGAAACUCGACAGUCUCAUUCAAGACAACGACGCGCAGGCGAGUGCAGCCGCCGCCGUCAAGAGCAAAGGCAUCGGGCUGGACGCGUUCCAGAUUGCCGACAUGCAAGGCAUCCGCAAGGCGCAGCGGCGGCUUGGAACUCUCGUGUACACGACGGACCUUCCGCCGCCGUUCCAGUCGCUUUUGCAUGCGACUUUGAGUGCUCUGGAGGUCCAAACCCAUGCGAACGCGGUCGUGGACGGCAUCGUGUCGCACGAGUGCAAUGGAUUGCUUGGUCUCCGCGAGCGCGAGAUGGAUGCGCUGGUCGCGACGGUCGGCGCCGGGCUCGAAGCACACACGACCAUCCUCCACGUCACGUGCGAUCGCGUUGCUCGGUUCUUUUACCAGUUGGUCGCGUGCACCGAGACGUACGAGGACCGGACGCGCGUCGUCAAUUUGACCGUGAUGGACCUCCUCGACACACUCAAGGACACGCAUGACAGCCAUGUCGCAGCGUGCGAGGCCGAGUUCUCGACGACAAGAUCGGCGCUGCGCCACGCGCCCGACGAGGCAGCACUCGAACGAGAAUUUCGGCAGUGCUUGGACCUCCUCGAACGCCUCGAGGACGAAUACCGAAAGUACAACAAAAAGGUGUCGCUCGCGUCCACCAACCACCCGAUCGCGAUCGCCCGGCAAAACCACGCGUUUCGAAACGACUUGUGCGCAUUCUUUGGACUCCAGCCGCCGGCCGGCGGCGUCCCCGCUGCAUUGGACGACUUGCUGAGUGCUGAGGUCAUUGAGAACGCCAUCGACUCACCGCCGCAACCGCCAUCGUCGCCGCCGUCGACGUCGUCCCUCCAUCAUCACGAGUCCCACGCCUCAACGCAUGAUCACACGACGUUGAAAGCGUCACCGUCCACAGCGUCGGUGCCACCGCCGGCACAGGACGCUCCUCAUGCGUCCGCUGCCGCGCUGGAUCACUCGUCAUCCCGACCGGAUGCAGUAGUAGAUGAAAACCCCGUCGAAGUCGCAGCAUAUUGCAGUCAAAACGGGUGUCGGUACGUUGAGUGCGAAUCCGUGAACGACAUCCUUGGCCGAAUUCUGUUGAAAAAGAUCUUGCUACCGGGCGAAGACCCCAGCGAUGACGAUAACCCACCUCCGGAAGCGACGGCUCCACCUGUCGACGCGUCCCCGCCUCCCGCCGAUCCGACGUCCUUCCCACCAUCGACCAAACCACCGGCGAAAGGCACCCCCCGCAGUGCGUCUGCCGCAGUGCUGGUGGAUGUACCGCCACCCGAAGCUAGCCCUGCCCCGGUCGUCGAUCCCGUCAUCGAGACUCCGUCCGACCCUCCCAACAUCCAAAUUCCCCUUGACUCUGUCAUCGCUGUGCUGGACGUGCCCCAGUCCACACUCCUUUCCAUGCUUCUUCGGCUGCGCGACGCCACCAUGUCACUGUUCGAGACCAGGAGUGGCGCGCACUUGGACGAGGCAAAUGCGGAAGCUCACACGCGUGUGGAAGCGUACACGUUCCUGUUGGAAGAAUGCCUGCGCAUGCACUGGCCGCGAAAGGGUCGCACCGAUGUACAGAUAUACCAGCCGCGCGCUGGCGAACUCGUGAGCCACCGACAGCGCCAUGGCCGACACAUCAAGAACGUGCUCAAGAAGCUUGCGGCGCAAGAAGCCGAGUUUGUCAAGCUGCAUGACGACGCCCUCGCGUGUUUGCGGGCCCAAGAGAAUGCCCAGCUUGGGCUGCAGUCGCAACUUCUCAUGCAAACAAGUUUAGCGGCGUUGCAAGGGCUCGAGAGUCGGUCGAAGAAGGUUCACAUCGAAUUCAAAGCUGCGUGGAGCGACCUCUUGCGCGUUCAAAUGGCGGUGUACCUGACGGACGAGCCGACAGCGCUAAUUGCCACGUGCCGAGAGCUUGUGACGACGUGCACGCAUCAAAUAUUUCCCGACUUGGUCAGUUGCGAUGUCAUUUCGGGAUGCGAUUACCAUCCAGACGAGGUUAAGCUCGUCCAUGCAAUUGUGUCCGAGGCAGAGAUGACGAUCCACACGGCGGUCGCGGGGCGUAAGGCCGUGAUGGAUGCGCUCGAGAGCCAGGAAAGUCGCGUUGGGGCGCUCUUGGCGACGUUCAAGUCGAGGCACCAAACCUGCCUGCAGACGUUGUCGAUGAAGGAAGGCCUCGGACAGAAGUACGGGCUGCCGCGGCGGAAUGCCCAGGAGCGGCUGCGAAGCGAAAUGACCCGGUCGGACAACAUGGCGAGCACAAUCAGCGACCUCUUGGACAUGCUCAAGCAAGCAGCCACGACGACCGCUGCGCCGCCAGGACCGAAAGGACCGAGCAAUCUCGCCCGCCACGUUCGCAAGCUCUUGCUCGAGCUCCGCCAUGUCAUGUACAUUCGGGGGCUGUAUCUCGGUGUCCUCGUAAACAAGAUGCAGCUUCAGCCAAAGCCCGUCAAAGACGACCUUGAAGCAUCGACCAAGUAUGACGCAGAUGCGCCUCUCGACCAUGAUUUCGCCUCCGUGACGUCUUUCCUUGACACGACCAAGCAAUUUGAAGCGCAGUGCGUCGCCGACUCGCGCGCGUUGUUUGCUGCGGAAGGCAAGCCUAUGGACGACAACAACAUCCCGGACACGUUGCAAGCGUAUUUGCGCGAGCAGCGCGAAAAGUCGGUCGGGUAUGUUGAGCAUCAAGUGGCGAUGUACCACGACCAAGUCAAAGCAUUUGAAGUGGCUCUGGCGAUCGCGCCCCGUCUGGCAAUGGAGGACAUCGUUCGCCGCGCCAAGGCGACUGUCCAACGCCUCGUGGAUGCAAUCGAGGUGGCGUUCGAAACCCAAUUUCAAGAGUGGGAAGCCGUCAAAGAAAAGCACAAGAGCCAGUUGACACCCGAUCUGUGCAGCCCCAACCAAGUUGCUGUCGUCGAGAGCUUGUGUGCCAAGGAAGCGGCGCGCACGGCUGCGGUCCAGGACGCCAUUCGACACGUGCGAUGGCAGGUGCUCGUGCAGCACGUGAUCUGCGCCAGGGGAUUUCACAAACGCCUGACUGCCAUGUUCCACGCCAUGAUGUCGAUCCUCGACUCGUGCACGAUGGCCCGUGACAUUCAGAGUCCACCCGCGACCUCAACGCACACGACGGGCACGGACGAUGCCGACGGACCGAACAAAGGAGCCAGCGACGUUUUCCACAAACCCAAGUCGCUCAAGCGGCUGCGCAAAGCACUGCGAAAGAUCGAGCAAGGCGAUCCGUUGGCGGUCGAGCUAUCUGACGACGAGAAAGAUGCACUUGAUGAUGCCAAGGAAUUGCAGCGAUUCCCCAAGCGAGCAUGGCCAGGGCUGCCCAUCGUCCCGGUGUUCGACAUUGCACCAGCGAUCAAGGACGACACAAAGAUAUCCCCAGCUGACGUCGUCCCGCCACCCGAGCCGGCCGACACGGCGGCGUGUGUGGCUUAUCUCACAGAUGCCCACCGCGCGGCCGUGAAAGCCCGCAAUGAAACGCAUGCAGCGUACUGCGAGUGGUUUGAUGCGUCGAUGGCAGCGCUGGGAACCAAGUACACCACGCUGCUGCACGACGAGGAGCUGUGGUUCCUAAACUGGGGCAAGCUCAUCCAGUCCAUGCGGCACGACGCGUAACAUGCCACACAAUGCAAUACGACUUGUUGGGACGCUUACGAGAUUGCGCAGAACGUUUACUCGGUGGGGACGGCCUCGAGGAGGACGGCAGACUCGUUUGUUCGGCACCACGGGAGCGUGAAUGGGGAGUUGUACCCCAUGUACUCCCACGCAGGAAGCCCUUGAUCGUUGCGCUUGAUUUUGUACUUGCCCUGGAGCUCCAGCACGCCAAUGAUUUCGGCGGCCACGGUCGCAGCGACCUCCUUCGUGAGUUCUCCAGUGAACGUCUUGACUGCGAGCACGCGGGACGCGACCUUGGUGAUGUGGACCUUCGAGUCGAGUGGAAUCGGAGGCUCUUGGCCUUCUUUGGCAAACUUGGACGGCAAAAUAAAGCUCAUUGUUUCGUCUACGUUGCUGUGGGACAGGAGGACAGGAGCUGUCAUCGCAAUUGGCUCGCCUCCACCCGCUUUGUUGUUUUCAAUCGAAGCCAUGAUGACUGGGGCUGUCAUUGCCAUGGCUUCGCCAGGGCCACUUUCCCCGGACCGCGGCUUGUUUUCAGGGGCGGUAAACACGCCAAUAUACCGCGCGAGGGAGCCGAAGGCGACCCGCGUGAAUUCUCGCGUCGUCGUCGCGUCCGGGACAUCCGUCGACGACACCGACGCUGUGUAGAUGGGGUCGUAGCGGCGGAUCUCAAUGUCCUUGUUCGGCCCGAUGCGCCCGAGGCUCUCAAAAUGAGGUGUUUCCUCGCUGAUCUUACCAAACACGGCCCCCAUGCUGCGCUGCUUCUUG